GUUGUCAGCUUCUUCUGUUUAUAAUAUGGCGGCCCUUUCCUCCUUCUCCGUUGCCUCUCUUUUGUCUCCACAUGCAGUCCCCUGGUUGUGCGCUGCGAGAAAGAAAACAUUAUGAAGCUCGUCCAUUUUAAUGUUAUUGUCUAGCUUGAGAGAGGAAAAAGAAGAAAAGAAAGAAGAAAUUUGCAUGUGAUGCUGCCUCCACAAGCAACGGACAGCUCAUCAUUUACCAUCAUGCCCGCCAUCAUUGCACUGACCUUCUGAUGAAGAUUGGAGUGACGAGACACAUCUUUUUGCUGAGGAAGGAGUGUGAAGGUGCUUCAAUCUUCCCCAGAAGCCGGGGAGGCUAGAAGGAAUUCAUGACGACGAGUACAAACUUGCAGGAGCUGCUCGUUCUUCUUCGAGCCUAACUAUUCUCCAAGUAUAUUGCUGUGAACUGGCUGUAGAAAAUGGAAGGGAAGCACCUCGUUUUUCUGACAAUUCUCUUGUUGGAAUCGAUUUGCUCGAAUGUCUCGGCGAUACCCAACGAGGAUAAGCAAGCAUUACUGGAUUUUCUUGGCAAUGUUUCCCUCUCGCGCCCUCUCAAUUGGAACAAGGAUUCUUCUGUGUGCCGGUCCUGGACAGGGGUCAAGUGUAAUAACGACCAAUCGAGGGUUGUCGCCCUCCAGUUGCCUGGAGUGGGGAUCAAAGGUCGAAUACCGCCGAACACACUGAGUCGCUUAUCGGCACUUCAAAUGCUGAGCCUCAGAUUGAAUAGUAUAUCGGGUUCAUUGCCGUCUGAUUUCUCCAAGCUCAAGAACCUGACUGGCCUUCAUCUCCAGAGCAACAACUUCUCGGGUCCAUUGCCUUCGGAUUGGUCCGUUUGGCCGAACCUCACCUUCGUUAACUUGUCCAACAACAAAUUCAGUGGGAGCAUACCCCCUUCAAUUUCCAGUUUGACCUACCUAGCUGCUUUGGAUCUGGCGAACAACUCGCUUUCCGGCGAAAUUCCUGAUCUAAAUCUCCCCAAAUUGCAGAUGCUGGAUUUGUCCAACAAUGAUCUUGCAGGACGCGUGCCUCGUUCGCUUCAAAGGUUCCCUAGUCAGACAUUUGUAGGGAACAGUGUUUCCUUCGAGGUUGAGGCAUUACCUCCGACACUUCCAGCUAAACCUCCUAGCGCCGGACCACCCAAAAAGGCCAGCAAACUCAGCAAAACGGCACGUUUAGGAAUCAUCACCGGUGGUUGUGUACUAGGAGCCAUGGCAAUCGCUCUGUUCAUGAUCAUGUUCUGUUCGAGCGGAGGAAUCAAAAGGAGGGUACUGCUGAAGUCGCAGAAGCAAGCAGCGUCUCAAAACAAGAGAGAGGUCGCCGAGAGCCAAGAGAAAGACAACAAGAUCGUGUUCUUCGAGGGCUGUAACUACGCAUUCGACCUGGAGGACUUGUUGAGAGCUUCUGCCGAGGUGCUGGGGAAGGGGUUGUUCGGGGCGAGCUACAAGGCGGCCCUGGAGGACGCGACCACGAUGGUGGUGAAGAGGCUGAAGGAGGUGGGCGCGGGCAGGAAGGAGUUCGAGCAGCAGAUGGAAAUGGUGGGGCGCAUCAGGCACGAGAACGUCGCCCAGCUCAGGGCCUACUUCUGCUCCAAGGACGAGAAGCUGCUCGUGUACGAUUUCUUCCGCGAAGGGAGCGUGUCGGCUCUGCUACACGGCACCGGACGCGAACGCCGGGGUCCUCUGGACUGGGAAACUCGCCUGAAGAUCGCCAUCGGCACGGCGAGAGGCAUCGCUCACGUCCACGCGCAAAACGGCGGGAAGCUCGCCCACGGGAACAUAAAGUCCUCCAACAUAUUCCUGAACUCCGAGGGAUUCGGCUGCGUGUCGGACGUCGCGCUGGCGCCGCUGAUGAACCAAAUCCCGCUGCCGCUGAUGCGGAUCUCCGGCUACCGCGCCCCUGAGAUAACGGACAGCCGGAAGCCGACGCAGGCGUCGGACGUCUACGGCUUCGGGGUCCUGCUGCUGGAGCUCCUGACGGGGAAGUCCCCGAUGCACGCCACGAGCGGCGACGAGAUGGUGCACCUGGUGCGGUGGGUGAGCUCCGUGGUGAGGGAGGAGUGGACGGCGGAGGUGUUCGACAUGGUGCUCCUGCGGUUCCCCAACAUCGAGGAGGAGAUGGUGGAGAUGCUGCAGAUCGGGAUGGCCUGCGUCGCGAGGAUGCCGGAGCAGCGGCCCAGGAUGCCGGACGUGCUUAGGAAGGUGGAGGAGAUCCGCCGCGCGCACGUCCCGACGGCGCAGCCGUCCCCGGAUAUCAAGUCCCCGGCGUCGACUUCCACCCCGUCCCCGACCCGCCCGGGGGCCGAGACGGCGCCGGCGCCCUCCGCGCGGCAGCCUUAGAACUCCGUCCACGAAGCGUCGUUGUAUAAGUUUUGGUCAAUUCACCUCGAAUUGAACGCAAAAUCAGACGAGACGUGUAGUAGCGCUGCUACUGUUUUUUCUCUCUGUCGCGAGCACGAGUUUAAUUAAUUGCUCGAAUUCGAAGAAUCA